UGCUCUCGCUAACAGACACGUCUCCUCGCGGCACAGCAGCCAGAAAGCUGCUAGUUAGGAGUCGCCCGACUGGUUCUCCUCGCCUGUUCAAACAGCGCCACGCCCUCCAAGCUCCGCCUCCACGCCGCUUCACAUGGGCCAGGUGCAGCAAGCAAGAAGCUAGGACGCAGAGGGGAGGAGGAAGAGGGGGAGGUCGGUUAUUAGCAGGAGCACACAAGGGGCGGAGGUAAAGGGGGGGAGGUGACGGAGUGCUUGAAGGUGGUGAGGAGAUCCAACAAGUGACAUGCAUCUCUGAAGGUUCCCAAUGGCAACAGCCAUGGACGGCGUGCUGGACAGCGUGUCGGUGCUGUGCGUCUUCAAACUGGUGUGCAGUCUCAUCUUCCUGCCCUCACUGGCGAACUCGCGCAGUCCCAUUGGCUUCUGCGGCUGCUGCAUCCUCUUCUUCACUGACUUCCUGGUCACAGUUUAUGUGAGCUUCCUGAGUCUCUUCGAGUCGUGGCUGACAGAGCUGAGCCUGCCACCCGACAUCAUCGCCCUGCGCUUCCUGCUCUUUCUCAGUCACACCUACGGCGCUGUUUUGCUGCUGACCAUGCCCCUCAUCACCAUGGAGACGCUGACCAGACUCCUGCGGUCUCAGUCGUCUGCAUCGUGCAAGCGCCAUAGCGAGGUAGCAUCAAGAGAAGAAGAAAGUGAGAAUGAGGUUCAGGAGAAUGAGGGCUGGCGGUCCCAGGCGACAAGUUACCUCUGCUGCUUGGCCGUGUGGGUGCUGGUGGCCUUCAGCGUGCAGUGCCGAUGGCGGCUGGAAGAGGUGAGGCAAGUGACUUGUUUGCGUGUAAGCGGGUCUUUGAUGAGGUGUCUGCCCAAUCUGCUGAGCCCCCUCCCCAGUGCCGUGCACCCCUGCUGGGGCAUGGCCUUCCUCUACCUGCUCUUGCUCCUCCUCCUCACCUCCAGCCAGCACAGGUGGAAGUGUGCCACCUGUGCUGCCACCACACACUCCCAUGACAACUCUGCAGCAUCCAAACUUUUGGAGUCUCACCAAGGAGACUUUCCAGUGGUGGUCGCCUGCGAUUGCCCAUCUGAGGGGGAGCAGGAGGGGGCACCUCUUAUAUUCAUCAUGGAAGAGUCGAAGCACACAUGCGGGAGGCGUCGCUCGGGUGCUCCCCACCCGGGGGUGAACUUAACGAUAGCCUCGUUGGCUGUGCUCGCCAUCUUUGUGCUGCCUCUCUACCUCGGUGUCAACAUCCUCCUGCUCAGAAGCGUGGAGGCCCUGCUGGACAUGUGCAUACGCUUUCUGCUUUUCUCAACGCCGCUGGCUUCCAAAAGCCACAUGACGCAUGAAGUAUGAAGCGGAGCUAGAUAGUGACUGGAGGGAGGAGGAGGAGGGAGGGGAUUAUUAUUAUUAUGGGAUUAAUAUGACGUGUGUGCAGACAGCCGGUCUGCCUGUCAACACUGGUUUGCAUUGUGCAAAUGACUGCUAUUCGCGUGUGUGAAAGCUGCUGAGGAGGCAGGCUGAAGCAUGUUGGCUAAAGACGCUCUCAAGCUCAUUAUUUCUCACUGCUCCACACAGGCUAAUAUUGUGAUGCUGCUCUUUCACUGUUGAUACACCUUAAUUACAUAACAAUACCGUAAGAAAGUAUUGUUCUAGAAACAAAAGUACAUAAAUGACUAAAUAAUACAAAACAAGAUACACUAGGUCCCCAACUUACGGACAUCCGACUUGCGAACAUUCGGAGAUACGAACGCAAGCUGACUGGUCUAUAUUUUCAUGUAUUUUGCCUUGUAUCCAUAUUUAUACUGCUACAUGCUUGACCAGUAGAGGGCACUGUGACACUGCUAAUGGGAGCAACAGGUAGAGGAAGACCAGGGGGAGGAGAAGUGAAGAAAAGCUACAUUGUAGCUGUAGCAUACAACCCGGACAGAGCGUGUGAUUAAAGUUUAUGAAGAGUUAAUAGGUCUGCUUUAUUCUACACCACCCACAGAACACUACCUCUUUUAGAAGACUCUAACGACUGUCCUUUUUUUCAAUAACUCCUCCUCCAACUCCUCCACAACAACGUAUGCUCGACCACUCCUCUUCAAAGGUAAAUAACAUUUAUCAUUACGUAUUAUUAUAUCAUUUUUAUUGUUGUUUUUUUCAUUAAUUAUCCUCGUUUAAUAUUACUACUGCAUCCAAACUCAUAUUUACAUACAUACACAUAUACUGUAUAUGUAUACACGUACAUGUAGUACUUAUAUCAUUGGUAAUAUUACCUUUUGUUGGACUUACGGUCAUCUGGUACCAAUUGUGUUUGUUGGUUGGGGACUUAGUGUAUUGACUGAUUGGACAAAAAAAACACACAAAAAAAACACCUAAUUUGACACAGGUGGGCACACACAAGUGGAGGGAGGACGUUACAGCCAAAAUUAGGAGUAAAAUUAAAACACCCCCCCCCCCAAAAAAAGCCAUCCAACAUGAAAUGUAUACAUUAAUAAAAGUAGGUGCGAGGUGAAAGUAACGUAACAUACACAAAUGUCCAUGUUUAUACAAUAAAGAGGAGCAAGGGGAUUUUUGUUUUUUCUACGAUAUUAACGCUGCAGAUACUGAUUGGUUGGAUUACAUAAGAGGGCGGGGCCAAGGUGGUUUGACACAGGUGAGCUCAACAAGUGAGGAAUGAAGUAAAAGACAAAAUUGGGAGUAAAAAGCAAACAGAACACACAACUGUAGCAUGAAGUUCAUAUAUAAAAUAAGUGGGGGUUUUUUCUAUUAACAGUGGAGAUACUCAUUGGUUGGCCUAAACAGGUGGGCGGGGCCAGGUGUCCAAACAAGGGGAUGGGGUGGAUUAUACAAGAGGGCGGGGCCAAUGGUUUGUAUAUGUAUGUCAAUUUUGUAUUGGAAAAAGUUUUUUGGAUGCAUUUUAAACAAGUGGGCGGGGCUGACAGGUGUGCAAAAAAGCCCCAAGAUAAAAUACUUAAAAAAUACAGCAUAAAGUCUAAAACUUUAAAGGAUUAAGACAUUUUGAAAAUUGUAUAUUGUAUUAAAAAUUCUGAAAUAAAGUUUUGUU